AUGCCGAGCCCAGUUUUGAAAGCUGGAAGCAGACCGCCAUGGGUGGGUUUGGGAGCUGCAGUUUGGGCCCAAAUUGCUGCUGGAAACGCCUAUAACUUCCCACUCUAUUCCCCUAUGCUGAAAUCCGUACUGGGUUUGAGUCAGCAGGAGCUGACGAUACUUGGAGUGGCCAGUGACAUUGGAGAGAGUGUGGGUUUUCUUCCUGGAAUUGCCUGCAACAAGUUCCCUCCUUGGGCUGUGCUUUUGGUUGGUUGUGGGCUUUGCUUCUUGGGUUAUGGUGUUCUCUGGCUUGCUGUUAGCCAAACUAUUGCCAGCAUGCCUUUUGUUGUGUUAUGCAUCACACUUUGCAUUGCCACAAAUAGCAAUGCUUGGAUAGGCACAGCUGUACUUGUAACCAACAUGAGGAACUUCCCUCUCAGUAGAGGCACUGUUGCUGGCAUUCUCAAAGGCUAUAUCGGGCUUAGCGCUGCAGUUUAUACAGUGGUAUACAGUGUGGUGCUUAAGGAAUCUGCCUUGAAUCUGUUGUUGUUCCUUGCUCUUGGGAUUCCUGUUUUGUGUUUAGCCUUGAUGUACUUUAUUCGUCCAUGUACUCCAGCUUCUGGAGAAGAUUCUUCGGAGCAUGUCCAUUUUCUCUUCACCAUAACUGUCAGUGUUUUGCUUGCAAUCUAUCUUCUCACAGUCACAGUAGUAAAUGAGAUAGUAACUCUUAGUGAUGCUGUUUCCUGCAUUUUGGUUGCGAUAAUGGUUAUCCUUCUGCUUUCUCCCCUUGCAAUUCCGUUGAAGAUGACUUUAUUUCCUGCAAGGGCACGAGCUGAAUCUUCGGACCAUCUUGCUCUAAGAGAAGGCAAUGCAACCCAAGCAGAUCCUUUGUUGACACCAUCCUCAUCAGCUACAUACCUUGGAAGUUUUCAUGAGGCUGAGGAUUCUUCAGAUGUUGAAACACUUCUUGCUAUUGGGGAAGGGGCAGUGAAGAAGAAAAGGAGGCCUAAGAGGGGAGAGGAUUUCAAGUUUCAUGAAGCUUUUAUAAAGGCGGAUUUUUGGCUUCUUUGGUUUGUAUAUUUUCUUGGGGUCGGUUCAGGAGUAACAGUACUCAAUAAUUUGAGCCAGAUUGGGAUUGCAUUAGGCGCUAGUGAUACAACAAUACUGUUGUCUCUCUUUAGCUUUUGCAAUUUUGUUGGUCGUCUGGGUUCUGGUGCUGUUUCUGAACACUUUCUCAGAACGAAAACAAUUCCUCGCACAUUCUGGAUGGCAUGUGCACACAUACUUAUGAUUGUAUCAUUCGUUUUAUAUGCGUUAGCUCUCAGUGGUACUCUCUAUGUUGCCACUGCUCUGUUUGGUAUCUGCUAUGGGACUCAGUAUUCAAUAAUGGUUCCAACUUCCUCUGAACUUUUCGGCUUGAAACAUUUUGGUGUAAAUUACAGCUUCAUGGGACUUGGCAAUCCUAUUGGUGCAAUACUUUUCUCAGUUCUACUAGCUGGUAAUGUAUAUGAUGCUGAAGCUGCAAAGCAAGGAGGGUCCACUUGCAUAGGUUCUAGUUGUUUCAGGCUCACAUUUAUAGUUUUAGCCGGCGCCUGUGGUUUGGGGACAAUCUUGAGCAUAAUUUUGACUAUUAGAGUACGACCAGUUUACCAAAUGCUUUAUGCUGGGGGUUCUUUCCGUCUGCCUCAAAGUGCAAACCACUAA